CGUGCGUCUCUUCCUGUCGCACCGGAAGUUGACCUCUAAGGUCUAAGUUUGAAGGUUCAAAGUGAAGUGCAGUGAGAAUGGUUGAGAGUAGUGAAGGAUCUGCGCCUAAACCCGAUGGGUUGGUGGGCAUGCGGCACGUCAUCGCAUUCCUGCUGUUCACAGCGACCACCGUCUCCUACGCCACUCGUGUCAGCAUGAGCGUCGGCAUCGUCGCCAUGACAGACAAGACCAGCCCCAACGAGUAUGGACAUAUGAUCUUCGACUGGGACACGAGUAUAAAGAACACGAUCUUGUCGUCCUUCUUCUGGGGCUACAUUAUCCUGCAAAUACCGGCUGGCAUGCUAGCCGGUCGGUUCGGGGGCAAGUUCCUGGUGUUCGGGGCUAUGAUGCUGACUGGCGUCGUCAACUUGAUACUGCCUAUUAGUGCUCAGCAUGGUGGGUGGAUAGCUGUCUGUAUAUGUCGAGUGGCCAUGGGUCUGACCCAGGGUCUGCUGUACCCGAGCAUCCAUGGGUUACUGGGCCAUUGGGCGCCUGUCACGGAGAGGAGUCGACUUGGCACUUUUGUUUACGCUGGCGCCCAACUAGGAACAAUCAUAGAGAUGACCACAGCCGGGUUCCUCUCAGCCAGUCCUUGGGGCUGGCCGUCUGUGUUCUACGUGGCUGGCAUCAUCUGCCUCGUAUGGUCGGUGCUGUGGAUCGUGCUGGGUGCUUCAGCUCCUGGCACCAGCAGAUGGAUCUCGAUGGAGGAACAGAAGUAUAUUGAAACGAAUGCUGCUUCGGACGAACUGAAUAGCGAAAGUCUACCCACUCCUUGGAGGAGCAUUCUGACGUCGCUCCCGUUCUGGUCCAUCCUCAUCGCGCACUGCGGUCAGGGCCUGGGAUUCUGGACUCUUCUCACGGAACUGCCUUCGUACAUGAACAGCGUUCUUGGGGUUAAAAUUGAGCAUGGAGGCGUCCUUUCAGCCUUGCCGUACAUAGCGAUGUACAUCCUGAGUUUCUUCUUUAGCUGGCUCUCAGACUUCCUCGUCAACCGCAACAUCAUCAGCUUAGUUGCUUCUAGGAAAAUCUUCAAUACAAUUGCCUUCUGGGGUCCAGCAGCAGCUCUACUGGGCCUGUCAUACCUCCCUGCGGGACACCUCACCCUGGCUGUUGUCAUCUUGACCAUCACUGUUGGCCUCAAUGGAGCUCACUAUGUCGGAUUCAUGUUGUCCCACAUCGACCUGUCACCGAACUUCGCCAGUACCCUCAUGGGCAUCACCAACGGCUGCAGCGCCAUCUUUUCCAUCAUGGCGCCGCUUAGCGUGUCAGCUGUUAUUCAGGACGAGACUCUAGCCUCAGAAUGGAGGAAGGUGUUCCUGAUCUCAAUCGCCUUCUACUUCCUGGGGAACCUGUUCUUCGUGCUGUUCAUCUCGGGAGACAUCCAGAGCUGGAACGAGCCUGAGAACACCACUGGUGCUGUUGAGGAAGGAGUGAAGAGAAAACAAUCGGUUACCGUAAGAAGACCUAGCAUAGGGGAGCAGAAGUUCUAAAUGCUGUAUCGUUUUGUACAAAACUAGUCAUAGUUAAUUUA